AUGGUAGCAGAAGCCCUCCCACCACCGCCCGAAAGCGGGAACGUGCGCGACCUCAAGCCCGUCAUCAAAAACGUCGAUAUGAGCGACGACAUGCAGGCGGAAACCAUCGAGAUCGCCUACACCGCCCUGGAGCAGUUUACCGUCGAAAAGGACAUGGCGGGUCAUGUCAAGAGGACCAUGGACCAGAAGUUCGGCCCCACUUGGCACGCCGUCGUCGGUCAGAGGUACGGAAGCUAUGUCACGCACGAGACGAAACACUUUAUCUACUUUUAUCUGGGCCAGAUGGCGUUCUUGCUCUGGCGUGCGUAA